ACCCCUCCCCCGUAGAGCCGCCCUGAAGACAGGGGCCCCUUUUGAAUGACAGCGCUUGGGAAAGAAGACGAAUUUUUGUCUGAUUUCCCGCAGCCACAGCGUCGAUGAGAAGCAGUCGAGGAACUCCAUUCUAACUGAAUGGAUUGGUAUGGGGAGAAGCGGACCUCAAAUCUCGGCUAAGCGGCAGCUUUGGGACUGUGUAACGUUGACGAUGGUUUUACUUUCGCUACUGUUUCGACCAGCUCACUGCCAGCAGUGUCGAAUCCAGCGCUGCAAUGCGGAGUACGUCGCUUCUACCUCACCCUCUGGUGGUCUGCAGGAGGACGUGGCUUUGGAUGUGGACUACUGCAUCGCUUUGCGGGCCUACGCCCUGUGCACCCGGUGGCAGGCACGCAGCUGUAGGGGUGACUUGGUUUACCAUUCGGCUGUCUUCCGCAUUAAGGAGUUAUUCUCUCAGCACAACUGCUCCAGCGACGGGCCCACCUCCUCCGCCAAGGUCCCCAGCACAUCUCGGCCGGCCGUGUCAGAGCUGUGCGACUAUGAGAAUCGGGUCCUUGUGUCGGGCUCAGCCGGUCAGCAGAAGAAAUACGCCCACUGUGGAUUAUUCGGAGACCCGCACCUACGGACUUUCCGAGACGAGUUUCAGACCUGCAAGGUGGAAGGGGCGUGGCCUCUGAUCGACAACCGCUUCCUUUCUGUGCAGGUGACCAAUGUGCCUGUUGUUCUCGGCUCGAGCGCCACGGCAACCAGCAAGAUCACAGUGAUCUUCAAAUCCUACCACGGCUGUACAGAUCAGAAAGUGUACCAGGCCACAACUGAGGAUCUGCCCUUGGCUUUUCAGGAUGGGACUCGCAGCGGUGGUGAGAGCGGCAGCCUGACCAUCGUGGAAAGAGGCGGCUCUGGAGUGGGCCGGCUGGUGAAGAUUCAGGCCCGUUACAUCGGCACUUCCAUCAUUAUCCGGCGCGUAGGAAGCUACCUCACCUUUGCCAUCCGCAUGCCAGAGGAUAACCUGGACUUUUCGGAGGACAAUGGUGGUCUGCAGCUCUGCUUGCAUGGCUGUCCGCGCAACGAGCUCAUCAAAGAGCACACGCUGGGCCGUCAGAGCCAGCAGCCCCGCCUGCAGGGCACCAACACAGAGCUGGGCCCUCUGCGGCCUCCUCACCAGGUCUACACGGUGGAGCGGGCCACAGCCAAAUGUAGAGAGACUCUGCAGGUGGAGGACGUGUACUUUCAGUCCUGUGUGUUUGACUUGUUGACCACAGGAGACCCCGAGUUCUCUAUGGCAGCCUACGGUGCUCUGGAGGAUUUAAAGGCACUACCGCCCAGUAAACUGAAGCAGAACUCCCCAAGGACUCCUCUUCUUUACAACCAAGGGGUGUCACACACAUCGACUGCAGCAGCAGCCAACAGCUCCCUGCUCUCACUCCUACUCCUCAUUCUGCUGCUUUUGUAAAAAAAAAAAAAAGAAAAAGAAAAUGAAUAUAAAUGAUUUUAAAAAAGAGAAACAUGGAGGCAAACAGAAUGUGGAAGCAUUACCAGCUUGAGGAAAGAGUGACUAGAGCUCAGACAUAUAUUUUUGGUUUGUUUUUUUUGUUUUUUUUUUUAAUUUUUGAAUGUUGUUUUCUGUUUUUGUCAUUUGAAGGAUUUCACGCUCAUAAAAGAUGACAUUUGUCCCUUACAUUUUCGUUGGAUUAAUACAUGGAUCGCAUCAUUUGAGGAAAACUACACAGUCAUGUGGUUUGAGGUCAAAUGCAACAUGUUCACCAUUUCCACAAGCUCACUAUUAAUUGGUUUACAUCAGUCUUUUAAAUAGAAAAAACUCCAAAAAAAAAAAAAAAAAUUGUGCGUACUGACCUCAAGGCGGCUGAACAGAAUUAGUUUUUUUUUGUUUGUUGUUUUUUGUAAAUAUUUUAUUUCUACUGCAAAAAUGCACAACCUCCAAACACUCCACAAUUUAUGGAGCUGCAUAUAACUCCAAAAGCUGUAAACUGUUUUUUAUGGAGAGCAAUGUGGCUUCUAGAUCCUGUAUAAUCCAGUAAUAUCAAUAGCACUUACAGGUUUUAACAGCAAGUUUUGUGUAUUUAAAUGUUGUUUCUUUGUCUGUUUUAACAGUUAUUUCAGAAAUCGGCAUGCUAAAUACACAGGAUCCAACAACUGUAUGUAAAAACUACCUAUCCAUAAUAUAUGAUGUGUCAGUGGGAUAUUCUCAGCAGCCCUCAUCUUCUGUGAAACACUCCUCUUCAAGCUGUUUGGCUUCCAGUUUUAAAGGUUAAAAAACCCCACAAAUCUUUAUAUAAUAAUAUAUUAAAAGAGUGUAUAUAUGUGUUUUAUAUUGUGUAAAUUUGCCUGUGUAUAGAUGUUUUAACUGUAAUAUGUUUUACAUUUGUUUUGUUUAGUAGGUUAUUUUGAGGCAUUGUAAGAAAAGUAAACUAAUAUGUGAUGUGUUGUAUCUGUAAUUUUCUGUAUUAAAGUG